CGGGCACAGUGAACCAUGGAGCUGUAUUUCGGGGAAUAUCAGCAUGUGCAGCAGGAGUACGGUGUCCAUCUGAGACUCGCAAGUGACGAAACCAAAAAAUCCAGGAAUUCCCAGUCCUCUAAGGCAGGCUCCUACGGUGUCAGUAUUCGGGUACAGGGGAUUGAUGGUCACCCCUACAUAGUUCUCAAUAAUACAGAGCGGUGUCUGGCAGGUCCAUCUUUUUCUGAAAACGGGCCAUCAUUUCCACCUCCAGUGAUGAAUACCCCGCCUCUCCAUUCCAGCAACGGCUGUGUGCUGGAGGAAAACAGUGCCGAAGAACUGGAGCUCCCAGAAAACCCAUAUGCCCAACCCAGUCCAGUAAGAAACCUGAAACAAGCCCCUCUCUUUGAGGGCAAGAAUGGAGUUCUAGAACGCAAAGCAGAGCCAAUGAAGCCAUCUCCCGUGCUGAACUUUCAGAAGCAUCCAGAGCUUUUACAGCCCUACGAUCCCGAAAAGAAUGAGUUGAACUUACAAAAUCACCAGGCUCCUGAGAGUAAUUGGCUAAAAACGUUAACAGAAGACGGUACCAAUAAAAAGGCCUGGACUUGCUCACCCAAACCUAGUCAUUCCCAGCCUACCAGCCCUCCCUUGGAAGACGCGGCGAAAUCCAGCACGACGGCCAUUCGACUGUGCAGCUCCGUGAUCAUUGACGACCCCAAGAAGCAGACGUCCGUGUGCGUGAAUGUUCAGAGCUGCAGUAAGGAAGGGCUGGCAGAGGACGCCCUUUCCCCUAGUGGGAGACCCCUACCUGCCCUCAGCCUGCACGCCCACCCCGAAGCCAAGAAAAUCAGGCCCGAUGUACUUCCCUUCCGGCGCCAGGACUCAGCUGGACCCGUCCUGGACGGAGCUCGGUCUCGGAGAUCCUCCUCGUCGUCCACCACGCCCACUUCAGCCAACUCUUUGUACAGAUUUUUACUCGACGACCAAGAAUGUGCCAUCCACGCCGAAAACGUGAACCGACAUGAAAACAGAAGAUACAUCCCCUUCUUGCCUGGAACUGGGCGGGAUAUUGAUACGGGAUCGAUUCCUUGCGUGGAUCAGUUAAUUGAAAAAUUCGACCAGAAACCUGGGCUGCAGAGAAGAGGCAGGUCCGGGAAGCGAAACAGAAUCAACCCUGAAGACAGGAAGAGGUCUCGAAGCGUGGAUAGUGCCUUUCCUUUCGGUCUCCAGGGGAACUCGGAGUACCUGAAUGAGUUUAGCAGGAACCUGGGCAAGUCCAGUGAGCACCUGCUGCGGCCGUCACAGGUGUGCCCGCAGAGGGCGCAGGUGCAGGAGCACCGCGGGAGGCAGGGCGCCGGCCGCGCCUUCGCCAGGCUGCAGGGAGCCCAGCCCAGGCCGCCGCAGCCCCCGCAGAGCAAAGAUGGGAAAGUUCCGGAAAACAGAGGUGGUCCGGAAAAUCCGACUGUGCGCACAUCUUCCCUCCCAGCACAGGCUAAGGAGGAGGAAAUCAAGACGGCCACCGCUACGUUGAUGCUACAGAAUCGGGCACCAGCAACUUGCCCUGAUUCUGGUACCAAGCGGAUUUCUGUGAAGACAUUUACUUCCACCUCCAAUACUCAGGCCACGCCGGAUCUGUUAAAGGGCCAGCAAGAGCUCACUCAACAAACCAAUGAGGAGACGGCCAAGCAGAUACUUUACAAUUACCUCAAAGAAGGAAGCACCGAUAAUGAUGAUGCUACUAAGAGGAAAGUCAACUUGGUCUUCGAGAAAAUCCAGACUUUGAAGUCUCGAGCAGCCGGGAGCACACAAGGAAAUAAUCAAGCUUCUAAUUCUUCAUCUGAAGUCAAAGAUCUCUUGGAACAGAAAAACAAGUUGAUGACAGAAGUGGCUGAACUUCAGAGACAGCUUCAGUUGGAAGUCAAGAAUCAACAGAACAUCAAAGAGGAGAGAGAGAGAAUGAAAGCAAACUUAGAAGCGCUCCAAAGCCAACAUGACAGUCAGGUGGAAGAGAACGCUGAGCUGCAGCGACGACUGGAGGAGAGUGAAGGGGAGCUGCGGAGACACCUGGAGGAGCUGUUCCAGGUGAAGAUGGAACGGGAACAGCACCAGACGGAGAUCAGAGAUCUCCAGGACCAGCUCUCAGAAAUGCAUGAUGAAUUGGACAGUGCUAAGCGAUCCGAAGACAGGGAGAAGGGGGCUCUGAUUGAGGAGCUCUUACAGGCAAAGCAGGACCUUCAAGAUCUGCUCAUCACCAAAGAGGAGCAGGAAGACCUCUUGAGAAAGCGAGAGCGUGAACUCACUGCCCUGAAGGGAGCCCUGAAAGAGGAGGUGUCCAGCCACGACCAGGAGAUGGACAAGCUGAAGGAACAGUACGACGCGGAGCUGCAGGCCCUGAGGGAGAGCGUGGAGGAGGCCACCAAGAACGUCGAGGUCCUGGCCAGCCGGAGCAGCAGCGCAGAGCAGACCCCGGUGGGGGUGGAAGUGCGCGUGAAGGCUCUGCAGGAGGAGAGUGAGAAGCUGCGGGCCUGUGUCGGAGAGCUGGAGCGGACAGUCGCGCGGCUGCACAGGCAGAUUGCUGACAUGAAGGGCGAUGAAGCCAAAGUGAAGGAAAAGCUCAAGAAGUUCGAGGGAGAAACUCGGCAAUUAGAGGAGGCCCUUGUGCACGCGAGGAAGGAAGAAAAAGAAGCCACGUCAGCCAGAAGGACCCUGGAGAGUGAGCUGGAAGAUGCUCAGAGAAAUCUGAGUCGGGCCAUCCAGGAGCAGAAGCAGUUGUCUGAGAAGCUAAAAGAUGAGACCGAGCAGAAGGAGCAAUUAAGGAGACUGAAGAACGAAAUGGAGACAGAGCGAUGGCACCUUGACAAGACCAUUGAGAAACUGCAGAAGGAGAUGGCUGACAUCGUCGAGGUGUCUCGCACAUCAACGCUGGAGCUCCAGAACCAGCUGGAUGAGUACAAGGAGAAAAAUCGCAGGGAGCUUGCAGAAAUGCAAAGGCAGCUGAAGGAGAAAACUCUGGAGGCGGAAAAGUCCCGUCUGACUGCCAUGAAAAUGCAGGAUGAGAUGCGGCUGAUGGAGGAAGAGUUACGGGACUACCAGAGAGCUCAGGAAGAGGCGCUCACCAAAAGGCAGCUUCUGGAGCAGACGCUCAAGGACCUGGAGUAUGAGCUGGAGGCCAAGAGUCACCUCAAGGAUGACCGAGGCAGACUCGUCAAGCAGAUGGAGGACAAGGUGUCUCAGCUGGAGAUGGAGCUGGAAGAAGAAAGAAACAACUCUGAUUUGCUGUCCGAGAGGAUCACGCGGAGUAGGGAACAGAUGGAGCAGGUGCGGAAUGAGCUGCUUCAGGAGAGAGCUGUGAGGCAAGACCUGGAGUGUGACAAGAUUUCCCUGGAGAGGCAGAACAAGGACUUAAAGAGCCGGAUUAUCCACCUGGAAGGUUCCUACAGGUCCAGCAAAGAAGGGCUAGUGGUGCAGAUGGAGGCCAGGAUUGCUGAGCUGGAGGACCGUCUGGAGAGCGAGGAGCGGGACCGAGCCAGCCUCCAGCUCAGCAACCGCCGGCUGGAGCGGAAGGUGAAGGAGCUGGUGAUGCAGGUGGAUGACGAGCACCUGUCGCUGACCGAUCAGAAGGACCAGCUGAGCUUGCGCUUGAAAGCAAUGAAGCGACAGGUGGAGGAGGCCGAGGAGGAAAUCGACAGACUGGAAAGUUCCAAAAAGAAGCUGCAGAGGGAGCUGGAGGAGCAGAUGGACGUGAAUGAGCAGCUGCAGGGGCAGCUGAAUUCCAUGAAGAAGGACUUAAGACUUAAGAAGCUGCCAAGCAAAGUGCUGGAUGACAUGGAUGAUGACGACAACCUCAGCACGGAUGGGGGAAGCCUCUAUGAGGCACCACUGACCUUCGCCUUCCCCAAGGACAGCACCAUCGUCAGCCAGAUCUGAGCCCACUUCCAGGGACCCGCCACCACAGGAGGAGGCAGGAAAGGGAGUACCCAUGCCCUAUCGCCGCCUCUUCACAAACCAGGCGACUCCUUCCCAUGACUUUACGUUCCUCCUAGGAUCUGGGUCGGGGUGCAGCCGGGGUAGCUGACCCAGCAGCUGCUGCAGUGCGGUACCGAGACACCUGUGGCCCAGAGCCGCCCCCGCCCACCUGGCGGGGUGGAGCCCCCUUCUGCCAGCUGUCUGCCAGCACUCCUGCAGUGCCCCCUGGACCCCCGCCCUCCCUUGUCAAGGGCAAGGGCCCACGUGCUAGCCCCUGUUUAAUAGUUGUCAUGCAGGGGAGCGGGGUGGCGAUGUAUACACUGUACAUAUUUUAAAUCAGACCUUCUCCUGGGCGCCUGCUUUUCCAGUUUAGAAUGUUACAGAGGCUUCGUCGGGUGGCUCGUUUGUAAAGUUCACACAUCUCUACUGAGUGUUAAUUUAAAAAAAAAAUAGCAGGAAUCUACCAGAUUGUUAAGUAUUAAGGAGCCGAGGCAGGACGAGGUAGAAUAAAGACCACUUUGGACAUCAGAGUUGGAAAAAAGGAAUUGUCGUGGUGAUAAGGGGCAGGUAAUCCUGAGAAGAGAAAUUCAAGCUGUCUUGGUAAAUGCCUUGUUGACGGAGGGAAGGAAAGUCAGAGGACACUUGUAUCUGUGGCCCUUGGUUGCUAUUUUAUUUAGAAUUUUGUUGUAAUUUCUGAAUCAUGCCGAGAUCAAUUCCAGUCACCCAGUGCAAUUUCUUCUAUGCUGGUGGGGUAGGGAGACGUGUAAGUAAAGUUUUUGACAAAUGAUGUGGUUCCUUGGGAGGAUGGAGCCUUCCGGUCGUGUCUUAUUAGUGCUUUCCUCCCACCUCCUGGAGCGGCAGGCUGCGCUCUCUUGGCCCCUGGACGGGGUGCUCACUGGGUGGGGACUUGUCGGGGGAGGUUGGGGACAAGGCUCACAUACUUGGGCUUGAGGAAGAGGUGAGUGAUGUGCAGUGAGGUCGUGGGGAUGGGGAGAAGGGGUGAUGAGCAGCUGUGUGUGGCGUGGGUAGGAAGGAGGCGGAAGGAGAAGAAGUUCUUGAAAGCUGGAGGGAUGUGUGGCAAGAGGCAGAUUGAGCAGGAUCUCAGGUUUAUGUGAGGAAAAGGAGGAAAAGAAACCAAAGUCAGACAGAGACAUAUCUGUGCAAACUGGAAGAAUCCUUCCAACUUCCUAGGUCAGAGGGACAGCGGCCAGCACCAGGCAGAAGGAAGCUGGGACUGGGUGAGGUCUAGGCAAGGCCAUGUUGCCGAAAUGGAGUUCCAUGGAGUCAUUGGGACGAUGAGGGGUGGCCUGGCACUUCCUGGUGUCACCUCCUCUGUGGCAGUCCCCAGAGGCCAGGCCCAGUCACAGCUGGCCAGGGCGUGGGGCAGGCAGCUCAGUGGGGCCAUGGCCAGGAGAGAACCCUGUGAGUCGUGUGCAUGGGCGGGGGUGGAGGUAAGUGUUCUGUGUCCCCACGCAGCCUGGUAGAUGAGUGGCCCAUGACUCAAGAGCUCCAUGACUGACGGUUGCCACAGGGAGCACAUGCCUCCCCCAGGCCACAGAGCCCACCCAGCAGGAUUCAGGGUGAUCAGCCCCAUUUAAGGGUGAGGCCCCCAGAGCAGAAGAGCCAAGUCCUCCUCCGCCUUUGCUGGGUGGCAUGCUGCUUGCCUUUGCUUACUUUCUUGGAGUGAGGAGAGAUCCCUCCCUUUAGCCAUGCAUUCAUUGAGCAGGUAUUUCCUGAGGACUCACGACAUCCCGGUCCUUGGCACUGGGAACACAGCAGUGAAUAUAAUGGCUCAAAAUCCCUCCCUUCCUGGAGCGCCAUCAGGGGUAAGAGGGUGACUGACAACAGUCACACACACGGACAUAGAGGCUGAGCCCCUCUGUCUUCUUGGGGACGCAGCUAGCCUGAGGUUGGCUGACUGGCUCUGGGGUUCUUCGACCCUCGUGUGUUCUUGAGUUCCCCACUGCUUCUCCCACCAUUAGAUAUUUGCCAGGAGGCCUGCUAGCAAGGCCUCCACCUGCGUACAACUACAGAUUGGAGAUGGGGAGGACUAGGGGCCUGAGAACUUGGGGAGCAAGUCAGCAUCUGUGUUGGUUUGUGAGAAAGUUGCUGCUUCUCGUUCUGGCCAAUUGCUUCUGGAGCCACGAGACAGCCUGCAAGAAACCAACUGCCUGUGAAAAGAGAACAGAGCUCACCAUUCAGAAGACCUGCAUCCUCACCCUGGAAGUGGUCCGUUCCUGUGUUAACAAACGUGCCCUCCUACGCAGCAGUCGGACUGGUGGUGAGCCUGACGUGUGCGGUGGAGCAGGGUGGGAGGAACACUGGACUGGGAGUGGAGAGACACAGUUUCAAGUUCUGGCUCAUCUUACCCCAGUGGCCUUGACAGGGUGACCUUGACACGUGAGCUCAGAGUGGCAGAUGAUGAGGAAUGACGGAGGACCAGGACCCACGGUCCUUGCCAGCUUUGACCUGCUAUCAUUCUUUGAUUUUAUUAUGUACACAUUUUUUUUUCUGUUUGUUGCUUAAAGAACUAAUCCUACUCGAGAAUAUUUUCUUUAGCUAGCUUAAAAAGAAAAAAAUAUUUAAUAAACAAGUAUAUGGCCAAAUGCAGUGCUGAGGAGACAAUCAUCAUAUAACUUUAUAAUUGUUUUUCGUGCUUCUGAAUGUCAUCCAACAAUGCCAAUAGCCUUAUUCUGUUGGGUUUCUGCUCUUGGAUAUGGUUUGAUGGCCUUGGUUUGUCAUGGGCAAGAGACAUUCUGAGGCAGCUCCCUCCAUGUAAGUGAACUCAUGGAGAAAGCAAGUUUGCCUUUCAAUAAAUGGUGUCACCCAACAGGAA